UACCAGUUUAAUGUUGUUGAGGGCCUCGAAUUAUUUUAAGAGAAGGGAUAGGCACCCGGAUUUCAAAUAUAUAGGCUUCCGCUACUCCUGUUAUCUUAUUUCAGCAUCCCUUUCCUUUUCAGAUGUACUUGAAAACUGUCUUCUACAUCUAUCUGUGUCUAAGUUUAUCGACAUCGACUGAAGCUGUAGAUGCAUGUCCAGAUGGUUGGGAGAGGUAUGGUGGGAGCUGCUACCAUGUACGCUACAGCGUUGAAGGCGUUGGUUGGGAGGGAGCGGCCAAGUACUGCGACAGUCUGGGGGCUAGUUUACCGGUCAUCGCCACGCCAAUUGAAAAUAACAAGUUAUAUACCAUGAUCAUCGAACUUGGAAGACGACUUAACUUGGAUUCGGACGCCCAAGUGUUUACCUGGUUGGGAUAUCACAACACGGAUGGGGAAAGAUGGCGGUGGAUUGAGACUGGCAAAGUAUCUACUUAUGAAAAUUUUAACAGUGACGUUUUGAGAGAUCCGGAACCGGACACGUCAAAAUGCGCUGCAGUGUUUUUGUACGGAGAAGAUAUCGGCAAGUGGGACGACUUAGACUGUCAGUUCGCGUCACUCUUACGAUUUAUUGCAUGUGAACGAAUUGUUGAACCAAAAAUAAGGCUUGCUGGCGGCCGAAAUGACUUGGAAGGUAGAGUCGAAAUCAAAAUAGGAAACCGAUGGGGAACAGUUUGUGAUGAUUUCUGGACUGACGAGAAUAGCCAUGUGGUUUGUCGCCAACUUGGAUACCCAAUGUCUGAAUAUUUUCGACCCGGAUCUCCUUCUAACGCGGGAUCUGGCACGAUUUGGCUGGAUGACGUCAAAUGUACUGGUGAAGAACGUUUUUUGACGUCAUGCCAACAAGCAGAGUUUGGGACCAGUGAUUGCAAGCAUAAUGAAGACGUCUGGAUAAAGUGUUAUAAAGAGAGCCAGCGGAAGAAUGCAAUUCCAAAAUGGUUUAGUGCCACAAAUAAAUGUUAUGAUUGGGAUGCACGAUGUGAUAAUGGUAACUGCUAUUCAGUUUGCAGCGACCAGAGUCUUGUCCAAGAGAUUAUUCCGCAUCGUCUUCGAGUCACAACAUCACACACUGAUCUCAGUGCUCUUGAUCAAUACAUUCCUGACGGCUAUAAUACUGUGAACAACAUGGAAUUAUUUUCUCAAAACGCCAUUGUAAACCAAAUGUUUACACCGAAUUUUCAUCUUCAGGUCAUGACGAGGCGGUUGCAAUUAGAAAAUACAGCUAUUCUCAGUUAUGAUGACGUCACCAAAUGCUACCAAUUUCACAUUCUGACCCACGAAGGAACAGUCUAUUAUGUUUUCAGUGGCAGUCUUAGAGGUUACUCUGUAGCGAUCUAUGCAGAAACACUUCACAUUCCCAGUAGUUUUUGUUUACACUUAAUCAGGUCACCUUUAGCAAAUAUCCCAACAGUUCCAGCAGAGUACACAGCGUUGUCAAUCACAUGUGUUGGUGUUCAAUCGUUGUCUGUAAGCCGAGGUAAUAAUGAUGAUUGUGCAAAGAACAUGAUGCUUGAUACCAUUUCCUUUAUAAUUAACCUGGGACCAUCAAAAGAAAUAUUGGAAUGGGUUAUCAGUAUAAAAUCCAAAAUACUAGUUAGGGUAGAAAAUGAAGUGCGAUUCGUUCCCAGUCUCUCUCAUCGUAGCUAUGAAUCAUUAUUACGAACAUAUCAAAAUGACCUGGAACUACUCGCAGAUGGCCUCCAAAACUUUUUAGACAAGGACACUCGCUUUGACGAAAAGAUAGAAAUACUAGAGCUGUUCCGAUCGAAUGCUAAAGAUGUGCUAGCUGCCAGAGAGCUUGAAUAUACCAACGGACUAAACGAAAUCGCGGUGUCUAAGAAAACCAUUGAGCUUCUCCAAAAAGAGUUUAAUGCUUUACAACCUAAAUUAGAAAAUGUUAGAAGGAAAUUUGAAUCUGAUGUCAAAAGUUACGCAAUCAGAAAAUCGUUCCAAGCUUUUUUUAGUUUAGUAGAAGGUAUUGCAAACGUCUUUGGUAAAGCUAAGAAAGAUGAGGAGGAUGUAUCUGUUAAAGACAUCUUUAAAGUUGUAGGCCUAGGAUUUCUUGACAUCUUGAAUCUGAUAUUUACAAUAACUAAAUUAUUUAAGACAAUAGACAACGUCGAUUCUUAUAUCGAUGGUAAAUCUAAUCCUUCAUCUCAAGAACUCGAAUCAUAUAUAACAUCAAUGCACGAAUUGUCAAAUCUUCAACUGACUGUGUUGACAUGGCAGUCCUUAGAAAACGCCGCCGACGGUCUUCUUAGUCAGGGAAAAGUUACGGAGAUUCCCAGUGCUGGUGAGUAUAGACAAAUAGUGUCUGACGUAGCAGAUUAUGGGCGCGCGUUGACAGAGGAAAUGAUCAGGCACACGCAGCUUCUUCUCCAGAAGAUCGAAGAUAUGCAGUGGCUCAACGUCAGUAGAAACGAGGCGGAACGGCUAGAAGACGUCAUUCAGAAGGCAAAGGAACAACAAAUUAAUCUUCAUUUCAUUUUCUCCGAGCUUGAUUUCCAAAUUUAUUUUAUAAAAUAUUCCGUAAAAGAUACGGUGAACACGUUCUGCAAAUCUAAGUUUUACUAUCAGUUUUAUGAAUGUGACGUUGCUAGUCUACCAGUGAUGUCCGAUUCAAUCCGGCUGGUGCGUCAGAAAAUUGGGUCGUUGCUGAGAAGCCAGCUUCUAGGUUUGGUCAAGUUUUCAUAUGGACGUACGCAACCGAUUAUUAUCACGAAAAAAUUGAGAGAUAAAAAGGAUUGUUCCCGGCGAGGUAAAUACGCAAAUAUUGCUGACUGUCCAGUACUUUCCUUCAAGCGCAAAAACGUUGUUUACUUUUUUAUUGGAUUGAACAGCACAGAGUUUCUUGAACUUUAUCGUGUUCGCAUUGAAAAAGUAAGAAUUUAUCUGAAUGGUGAUAUUGGCAAAAAUAAAGAAGGGUCAGGUUGGGAUGGUCGAUUAUUUGUUGAAGAGGGGAAAAAUAAAAAAGUGAGAUUGGAUAUCCAGACAACAGGCGUAUUUUACGACCGCCAUGGCACACAAAAUUUUGGAUUUACAGGUAUUCAAGUUAAUAAGAAGUUCGAGUACCGGAUUGGUAACCGAGAAACUCCGAUAUUGGAUGGCGAUAUAUAUAGUGCCGAAGCAAACUCAUUCGUGAACACGACCCCAUUCACGACGUGGUGCAUACGUGCUCCUGUUGAUAAAAAUGCACACUUAAAUCUCGACAACCUUUCAAGCAUCGAAAUACAUUUCUUUGGGACGGCUGUUGUUGGAUAUUGAAGAAAUUGGCAUGCCAUUUAUUCAACAUAUAAUAUAUUAUUGAUAAUUAUUAAUUAUUAUAUACCAUUUUAUUGGAUUUAUUUUGAAACAGCGCCGCCAACGUCUCUAAACUCACUGGAGCACUUCCAGCGGUCUAUUUGUGCUCGUUAAUAAUUUAGUUUUAUCGUUAAUUUAAUUCAUGGUGGUAGCUAGGUAGAGCAAACUGCUAGGCCUUAGAAAGUCCCCCAGUGGUAGUUGCCAGGUUAUCGGAAAUGUUUAUUUCAAAUUUCGUGAAAAUGGUCUAUUACUAUCAUUAAUAAUAAUUACCAUUAAAAAUUAAUUAUUUUUAAAUAAUAUAAAUUUUUUCUAGAUUUGUAUUGAUUUAAACUAAAAUAUUAUUUAGGUGGAAUGGAAAUAGCCAGAUAAGGAUGGUUAAACCAUGGAGAAAUUUGUUUAUAUAAACAUUUUUAUUGAUAAAUAUUGCUUAUUAUGAAUAAUCCUUUUAUUACUAUUACUAUAAUUAAUGAUAAUUACCAUUAAAUUUUUAGAUUUGUUGUACUGAUUUAAACUAAAAUAUUAUGUAGGUGAAAUGGAAAUAACCAGAUAAGGAAGGUUGUUUGAUGCAGGGUCUUUAUGAUGUUCAUGAAUUUAGCGUCAAUUGUCAUUAAACGGUCAUCCUUAUUUCUGGCAAUAUUAUUAUUAUAAUAUUAUUUUAUACUGAAUAAAAAAAAAGACAUUCACCGUUUGUGUGUUCUGAUAGAUAGUGAGAGUAAAAUUCAAAAGUAAAAUGUUUAACUUGAUCAAAUUGAGCUCAAAUCUAGUUUCUAGUUGCUACUUGCUGUCACUGAUUACAAGUAACACAAAAAUAAAAAUACUGUACAAGUAUAAUAAUUAUACUGAGUGACACCCAUAAAUGUCACAGUGGCGGAUCAAGGAAUUGAAAAUAGAGGGGCCCCACAAAGAGGGUCUAGACCACCUCAGCCCCACCAUGUUUGGGGCUGAGGUAAGAAAAUACAUGAUUAAUGCACCUCUAGAUGACUUUUUUGAUAAUUUGGAAAAAAUAAAGGGGAGGGCCUGAACCCGCCACUGUGUCAUAUUUAAGAGCUAUCAGAAUCUACUGAAAUUAAUAAUAUUAACAAAACAAGUGAAUAUUGUAACAUGAAGAACUUAGUAUUUUUGCAAAUAGUAUUUUAUUUGACAAUAAAAACUAAUAUACAACC